AUGGCCAGACAGGUCGCCGAGAAGCUGGAGGUCCGCAAUCGCUACCGGCGAACUCUCCUGCGCAUCAGGGAGCAGAUCUGCGACUUGCUAACCUACCCGACCGAGCAUGAAGAUUGCAAGAAGGCGCAUAUCCACCAAUAUACUCUGGCUCUAGACAAAAAGGACGAUGAUAGGCCGCGAUUCUUCACGCCGUAUCGGGGCGGUCACUCCAGUUAUGUGGACGAGAAACUCCCAGAAUCAUUCGCCAAAUUCAACCCCGGACGGGAAAACCAUCUCAAUGUCCAGGGCCUGCACCUCUUCAUGGAGUCAUACCUUGGCUCGAUGAGGACACAUGAGCCUCGAGGGAUCUACUUCCGAGAGGCGACCUCAACUUCGGCGAACUCUCUGAAAUCGAUUAUUACUGGCAGGUGUCUUAUUGGCCCCUACGAAGCGUUGCCGCACAUGAAAUGUAUGAUGGAGGGUGGUGAAGCCGUUGGGGAUGACCGCUUACUCCGAGGGGAGAUUCUGGCCAUCAUUCAAGUAAUGGCCGGCCGGCUCAAUACCAAGUCUGUCCGACCUCAUGUCCUGGCUCUGGUAGGUCUUUGGAUUUUCAAAAACUUCCACACCAACAUCACAGAAGUGAAGACGCAGUCUGGCGCUAACCAGUGCCCCAUUUCGCAGGUGAUGUUCUACUCCGCCAUGGGACCUCAGCACAUACGAGUUCUGGAAGCAUACUUUAACGGUGAGAACCUCGUUAUCCGAAAAACCAAACUCUACGACAUGACCAAGUACGAUGCUGCCACACUAAGCCUUCUCACGCGUUGGUGGAUGGGACAUGCCGGUGGCGAGACCAAGACUAUCAGUCGGGAGCUUUUGGAAGAGUGA